AUGGACGGGAAACUAAUUCCAAACGGCGUUAAAGCCGGCGAUAAAGUCUUGCUCCCGGAGUUUGGCGGUCAAGCCGUCAAGCUCGACGAAGGCCCGCAAAAGAAAGAGUUCCUCUUAUACCGAGACGAAGAGAUCCUCGGGAUAUUACAGGAUUAA